AUGAAUACUGCGCGAUAUGACCACACGGCAUCCGUAUUAGCAAAUGGAAAAGUGUUAGUUAGUGGUGGAUGGGAUGGUAUUUCUGCUAUCAAUAGCGCUGAAUUAUAUGAUGCAUCCACAGAAACUUGGACAACAACUGGUAGUAUGAAUGCUGCACGAUAUGAUCACACAGCAUCUGUAUUGAGAAAUGGAAUACUACUAGUUGCCGGUGGAUUUAAUCACAGUUCUUCGUUAAAUAGUGCUGAGUUAUAUAAUCCAUCAGUAGGAACUUGGGCUACGACUAGCAAUAUGAAUAAUGAUCGAUAUUGGCAUACAGCAUCAAUAUUAGCAAAUGGACAAAUAUUAGUUAGUGGUGGAUAUAACGUUAUUUCUUCCACAAAUCGUGCUGAGUUAUAUGAUCCCUCAACAGAAACUUGGACAACGACUGGUAGUAUGAAUAAUGGACGAUAUUGGCACAUCGCCUCAAUAUUAGCAAAUGGACAAGUAUUAGUUACUGGUGGAUGGGGUGAUGGUAGUUAUCUGAAUAGUGCCGAGUUAUAUGAUCCAUCAACAGGAAUUUGGACAACAACUGGUCGUAUGAAUACCGCACGGUAUUAUCACACAGCAUCUGUAUUAAACAAUGGAAAAGUGUUAGUUACUGGUGGAUAUAAUUUUACUUCCUCUAUAGAUAGUGUCGAGUUAUAUGAUCCAUCAACAGGAAUUUGGACAACGACUGGUAGUAUGAAUAAUGCGCGAUAUGCACAAACAGCAUCUGUAUUAAAAAAUGGAAAAGUGUUAGUUGCUGGUGGAUGGGAUGAUGGUAGUUAUCUGAAUAGUGCUGAGUUGUAUGAUCCAUUAACAGGAACUUGGACAAAGACUGGCAACAUGAAAAAUAAUCGAAGUUCGCAUAGAGCAUCUGUAUUAACAAAUGGAAAUGUAUUAGUCACUGGUGGUGGUAGCGGACCAUUGGGUAUGGCUCUGAAUAAUUCAGAAUUGUAUUAA